AUGGCGAUCCCUAACCCAGAAACCACCCCGCCUCAUCUCCAUCUCCAUCUCCCCCACCUCUUCACAUACCCCUCCUCCACCUCCCCCACGCUCAUUACCCAGGGUGCCGAAGCCUUACUCUACAAAUCCACAUAUUUAGUACCUUCAUUCCCGUGCGCGCUAAAAUGGCGACCGUCUAAACCAUAUCGGCAUCCGAUUCUCGAUGCGCGACUCACGAAGGCGAGGAUUUUGGCUGAGGCGAGAGUUUUGGUGAAGUGUAGGAGGGAGAGCGUGGUUGUGCCGGCGGUGUAUGCGGUAGAUGAGGGGAGGGGCUGUUUGAUGAUGGAGUGGAUUGAGGGGGAGGUGGUGAGGAUUAGGUUGAAUGAGUGGUUGGGGAGGAGGAAGGAGAGGGAGAGGGAGAUGGGGGUGGGGGGGAAUGCACUGGUUACUGGGGAGGAGGAGGGAUGUGAGGGGGCGGUGGAACUUAUGAGGAUGAUUGGGCAGGCGGUGGGGAGGAUGCAUGGGGUAGGGGUUGUGCAUGGAGAUUUGACGACGAGUAAUUUGAUGUUGCGGCCGAUACAAUUGAAUGGUGAGAAGGGAAUGGAAAAUGGCAGGGAGUUAGAGGGUGAAAUUGUUAUAAUUGAUUUUGGGUUGGCGAGCCAGAGUACAGCGGAUGAGGAUCGAGCCGUCGAUUUAUACGUGUUGGAGAGGGCAUUUGGCAGUACACAUCCAAGAGCGGAGGGUCUGUUUAAGGAGGUGCUGGAUGCAUAUGGAACAAGCUAUAAAGGAGCACAAGUGGUUCUGAAGAAGUUGGAGGAGGUGAGGAUGAGGGGUAGAAAAAAGAGUAUGUUAGGUUGA